AUGUUACUUCAUUCAUUGAUUAUUUUAAUUGUUCUUCUUACAGAUCGGUCUUUUGGACAAAUAUGUAAUCGAAAAACUAAUCAAACAUGGAAUGCUGAACAAAGACUUAUUUGCGAUUUACUUGAUAAUUAUCAAGUUAAAUGGGGUCGACCUGUCAAAAAUAUGACUGAAGAUGUUGAAGUACAAUUCGGUUUACAGCUUAUUCAUAUAAGUGACCUUGAUGAAAAAAACCAAGUAUUAAUCACAAAUCAAUGGCAAAUCUAUGAAUGGCAGGAUGAAGCUUUAACAUGGGAUCCAGCCGAAUAUGAUAAUCUCCUAGAUAUACGUUUACCGAUAAAAAAAAUUUGGCAACCAGAUGUCACAUUAUAUAACUAUGCUGAUACACGACUUGAAGAAAAACGCGAAGUAUUGGCUGUUGUUUAUUAUAAUGGAACUGUUUUUUGGAAGCCAAUGUCAAUUUUUAAAUCGACAUGUCAAAUCGAUAUUCGACGUUUUCCAUAUGAUCGACAAAAUUGCUCAAUGAAAUUUGGUACAUGGACAUAUGAUAGUUCAAAAGUUAAUUUAAAUUUCUAUCGUGAUAUCAGAAGAUUUGAUCUUAAUUCAUAUGUUAAAUCUAAUGAAUGGUCAAUUCUGGAAAAUAAUGCGAGACGUAAUACAGAAAAAUAUGAUUGUUGUCCAGAAAUUUAUGUUGAUUUAAAAUUUUAUAUUAUACUUGAACGACGAGGUGGUUUUUAUAAUUAUAUUUUAAUUUUACCUUGUGUACUUUUAUCUUGUUUAACUUGUAUUCUUUUUUGGCUACCGCCGGAAAGCCCAUCAAAAUUAGUACUUGGAAUGAAUAUUUUUACAUCAUUUUUUGUCUUGUUACUUCUCUUAUAUAAAAAUAUGCCCUCAAAUGCUGAACACAUUCCACGUAUAGGUGCAUACUACUGUUUAAAUAUGGGUAUGAUUGCAACAUCAACAUUUCUCUGUACAAUUGUUGUUCAUAUUUAUUUUCGUGGUAAUGGACCAAUGCCAGCUAUAUUACGAAAAGUUUUUCUUGAAUGUCUUGCGAGACUUUUCUGUAUGGUACCACAUACAAAUUCCUAUCAACAACAUGCUGUUAAUGGUUUAGUACCACCAGUAAAAGCAACAUGUGAUGGUGAUAAAUUCGAAAAAUUUGAAUUACUUAAAGAACGUUUUAAAACAUUCGGUGAUAAACGUAUAACAACAACAACAAGUGAUGAUUCCAAUGAUGAAACAUUAGAAAUACCUGAUGAUGAUCAACACCAACACCAACGUGAAACUCUUUUUACACAACAAAUUCAACAGCAAAUAACAGCAUCAAUUGCAUUUAUGACUGUUGAAACAGAUUUAAAAGAAAUUCGAGAUUUUUUACGUACAACAAGAAAACGUAUGGAAGAUAAAGAAGCAAAAGCUAAAACUAUCAAUGAUUGGAAACAAGUUGCACUUGUACUUGAUCGAACUUUUUUUUUUAUUUACUUAGCUGCUAUUAUUAUCUCUCUUGCUGCUAUGUUCCCUAGAUAG